GCUGAGGCCUUCUUCCCCUUUGGUUGCCUAGGGCUAGGAGAAGUCUGAAGAGAUCUGGGUGGAGCAUCUCUGAGCUCUAUCCUGGGACCUAAAAACCCACCCUGUGCUUUGCCUUUUCCCUUAACCCAUAUCCUGUCAGCAUUAAAGCUCAAGGUUGCUCCAGAGCUCCGCGUCUCACAGGAGGGAAGACUAAAGAGCAUGUAAUAUGAACAUCCCUGAGGCCCUCGGAGCCGGGACUGAGACGAUGAGUGAAGCAAAUAGGGCCAGUGAAGCAGACAUGGCCAGUGCAGGAGAGAUGACCCAUGGAGCCCAGCAGCGGAUGGCCACGAUCUUGGAAUUAAUGAGCAAGAAGCAGCUGAGGGAGUUCCUGCUGAAGCUGCCUGAUAAGGAUCUCUGCCAGCACUCUCUGGGGGCGACCCCAGCGCAACCAGAAGAGAUGGGUCACAUGGAGGUGGCCUCUUGCCUUGUGGCUCAAUACGGGGAGCAGCAGGCCAGGCAGCUUGCCCUGCAGACCUGGGAGCAGAUGGGCCUGAGAAAGCUGUGUGCCCAAGCCUGGAAAGAGCCAGCUAUGAAGUCAGGAAUCAAAGAAAAAUACCAGAACCAAAGGAAAGAGAGUUCCUGCCCCACUCAGUCAUGGAGAAAUGAAUAUUUGCCCCAAAAAUUCACACAGCUGCUACUUCUACGCAGAUCUCAACCCAGAGGACAUGACUUUCUGCUCAGGAGAAGAAGGAAUCACGAGGUGAUAGAUGAACAAGGACAUUUGAUGGAGAUUGGAGACUUAUUUGGCCCAGGCCUGAGUACCCAGGAGGAGCCUCCCACUGUCGUGGUACAUGGGGCUGCUGGAAUCGGUAAGUCAACCCUGGCCAGGCAGGUGAGGAGAGCCUGGGAGGAAGGCUGGCUCUUCAGGGACCACUUCAAGCAUGUCUUCUACUUCAACUGCAGAGAGCUGGCCCAGUCCAAGACAAUGAGUUUUGCUGAGUUCAUCACAAAAGAUUGGACUGCUCCUGAUGCUCCUCCCAUUGGGCAGAUCCUAUCUCAGCCAGAGCAGCUGCUCUUCAUUCUUGAUAACUUAGGUGAACCAAAAUGGGACUUGAAGGAGCAGAGUUCUGAGCUCUGUCCACACUGGAACCAGCAGCAGCAGGUUCACACACUGCUGGGCAGUUUGCUGAAGAAAAUCAUACUUCCCAAGGCUUCCCUGCUUAUCACAGCUCGGAGCACAGCUCUGCAGAGGCUCAAAACUUCCUUAAAGCAUCCUUGCUGGGUGGAGGUCCUAGGAUUCUCUGAGUCAGCCAGGAAGGAGUAUUUCUUCCAAUAUUUCACAGAUCAGAGCCAAGCAAUUAAAGCCUUCACCUUGGUUGAAUCCAACCCGGCUCUCUUGACCAUGUGUCUCAUGCCCUUGGUGUCCUGGCUGGUCUGCACUUGCCUAAAGCAGCAGAUGGAGCAGGAGAAACCACUCUCACUGACCUCCCAGACCACCACAGCCCUCUGUCUGCACUACUUUUUCCACGUUCUCCAGGCUCAGUCCCUUGGGACUAAACUGAGGGGCCUCUGCUCUUUGGCUGCUGAAGGCAUAUGGCAAGGAAACACUCUAUUCAACCCAGAGGACUUCAGGAAACAUGAGUUAGAUGAGGCCAACAUCUCUACUCUCUUAAACACGGGUGUUCUUCAAGAGCACUCCACCCCUCGGAGCUACAGCUUCAUUCAUCUGUGCUUCCAGGAGUUCUUUGCAGCAAUGUUCUAUGCGUUAGGUGAUAGAGUGCUGAAAAGUGAUUGCUUUAAUAACAUCAAAAUUAUAACAGACUUGACAGAUGUAUAUGACAAGGAUGACCUUUUUGGGGAACCAACCACAUGUUUCCUGUUUGGCCUUCUGAGUGAUCAGGGGAUGAGAGAGAUGGAGAGCAUCUUCAAAUGCAGCCUGUCUCGGGAGCGGCAUUCCUAUCUGCUGCAGUUGGCCAAGAGUGAGGUCCUUGAGAAGCAUCUGAACCUAGACCCAUAUUCUUGGCAUUUGCUGCACUGUUUUUAUGAGAUUCGGGAUGAAAACUUUAUGAAAAAUAUUUUCACUUUUCAUGAUAUAAGGAUAUGUGUCCAAACUGACAUGGAGCUCUUGCUGUUCAGUUUCUUUUUCACUUUCUGCCACCACAUUAAAAGGCUUCAACUGAAUGCAGGUGGACAACACAGACAAGCAGGAAGGACUCCCUGUGCAUUUCUGCUGGUCAACUGUGGCCUCACAAAUGACUGUUGCAAGGACCUGGCCUCCAUGCUGGCUACCAGCUCCAGCCUGACAGAGCUAGACGUGCAGCAAAACGACCUGGGCAACCUUGGUGUAACACUGCUCUGUGAAGGGCUCAGGCAGCCUGCCUGCCAACUCAGGAACCUGUGGCUGGACCAGACUCAGCUGAGUGAGGAGGUGAAAAAGAUGCUGGGUCUCCUGCAGCAGGAGAAGCCUCAGCUGGUCAACAUCGCUCAGUCCACAUUUAAUGACUUCCAGGACCUGAGGGAACAGAUUUUACGGGUUAAGGACACAGAAGAUAUUCCAAUGAUUUUGGUUGGCAAUAAAUGUGUCCUGGAAGAUGAGCGAGUAGUUGGCAGAGAACAAGGGAAAAUGACCAAUUCUGUGUCUAGGGAGCCAAGUGAAACGGUCACUGAGAUUGUCCCAGGUGGAGGACAGAUGAGUGAUGGCACAUCUCCACCCCAGUGGCAGACAUCAGAACCAGAGAAGAGCUCCCCUCAAGUAUUACAGAAUCCCUACUGUCUGUCAUCUUAUGAACCUCUGCGGAACCAACCAGUGGAGCCUCUAAGGAUGGAUGAUGCCUUCUGGGGCCCCACAGGGCCCGUGGCUACAGAGAUGGUUGACAAAUUCAGGAGUCUGUACCGAGUUCACUUCCCUGUGGCUGGUUCCUACCACUCUUCCAAAAUGGGGCUCUACUUUGUGGUGAGAAGGCCAGUGACCAUUGAGAUUGAAUUCUGUGCUUGGGACCAGUUCCUGGACCAGACUGUCCCACAGCACAGCUGGAUGGUUGCAGGGCCUCUUUUUGACAUCAAGGCUGAACCAGGAGCUGUGGAAGCUGUGUACCUCCCUCACUUUAUAGCCCUCCAAGAGGAACAUGUGGACAUCUCAUGUUUCCAAGUCGCCCACUUUAAAGAGGAUGGGAUACUUCUGGAGAAGCCAACAAGGGUGGAGCCACGUUACAUAGUCCUUGAGAACCCCAGCUUCUCCCCCAUAGGAGUUCUACUGAGGAAGAUCCACUCUUUCCUGAACAUCCCUGUCAUCUCCAAUGUGCUGCUCUACCAUCGCCUCCAUCCUGAGGAAAUCAACUUUCACCUCUACCUAAUCCCCAGUGACUGCACCAUUGAGAAGGCCAUAGAUAAUGAAAAAAAGAAGUUCCAGUUUGUGCAAAUACACAAGCCACCCCCGCAGACUCCGCUCCACAUAGGCUCCCGAUAUAUUGUGUCUGGUUCACAGAAAAUGGAAAUACUGCCUGAGGAACUGGAGCUCUGCUAUCGAAGCCCUGGGGAACCCCAGCUCUUCACUGAGUUCUACGUUGGUCAUUUGGGGCCAGGGAUUCGGCUGCAGAUUAAAAGCAAAGAUGAGACUGUGGUAUGGGAGGCCUUGGUGAAAUCAGGAGACCUCAGACCGGAAGCUACUCUGGUCUCUCCAGCCCUAGCAGCCUCACCUUCACCCCCAGAUGCCCCAGACUCACUACACUUUGUGGACCAACAUCGGGCACAGCUGGUGGCUCGAGUGACUUCGGUGGACGCAGUCCUAGACAAGCUGCAUGGACAGGUGCUGAGCGAGGAACAGUAUGAGAAGGUGCGGGCUGAGCCCAUCAAUCCAGACAAGAUGAGGACGCUGUUCAGCUUUAGCAAGUCCUGGGACUGGGCCUGCAAAGAUCAGCUCUUCCAAGCCCUGAAGGAGACCCAUCCUCACCUAAUUGAGGAACUCUGGGAGAAGUGACGCAGUGGAGGAGACUAUCGGGGCUACUGACAAGCUCGGCAGCUGCAGUCUGAACACCUGCUUAUGAGUCCUGGCUCUGACUGUCCAUGCUUUGGGUCUAGGUUUCUACAAGUCUAAACACAUUGCCAACACCCAGCAAGAGUGGCUCAGUUGGUUAGUGUCAUCCUGUGCAUGGAAGGGUUAUUGGUUUGAAUCCUGGUCAGGACAUAUACCUGGGUUGCAGGUUUGAUUCCCAGUCAUGACAUGUAUGGAAAGCAAUGUAUAAUGUU